CGAGGUCCAUCCUGCGGAAGAGUCGAUGAGAUCUGAUUAUUAGAUCGACUCAGUGACGUGAUCGUUAUUUCGCGUUUUAUUCUGACAGAAGUAAAUUAAAUUCGACCAAACGUCGACCAGUCGAUUCAAAGAUGUCGUCGGAGGAGUUCGAGAAGUUGCACGAGAUCUUCAGCUCGAUGUUCGAGGAACUGAAGCUGAUUCCAGACCGAGCUGCGAGGAGCCAGGGAGAGGAGAGGAAGAGGUUGGUGAGAACCUUCGAUGAGAGACAUGGGGAAGCUGAGGAAGUGUUACAAGGAAUGGAGGAGGAGCUGCGCGGCGCCCCGUCUUCUUAUCGAAAUGGAAUGGCUACCAAGCUGCGCCUGUACCGCCGGGAUCUGGGCAAACUGCAGAGGGACUUGAAGAACUCGGCCCCCGGGUUCAGCUCCUCGUCCCAGCCGUUGGGAGGAAGUCAUCACGGCAUCUACUCAUCAGAGAAUCAGCAGAGUACUCACCUGCAGUCCCAGAGAGCCUUGCUCCUCCAGGGCACAGAGUCUCUGAACAACGCCAGUCAGAGCAUCGAGCGCAGCCAACGCAUCGCUGCAGAGACGGAGCACAUCGGUACCGACAUCAUCGAGGAGCUGGGGGAGCAGCGGGAGCAGCUGGACCGCACCAGGAGCAGAUUGGUGAACACUGGAGAGAACCUCAGUCGAAGUCGAAAGAUCCUUCGUGCCAUGUCUCGGCGGCUGAUGACAAACAAGUUGCUGUUAAGUGUUAUCAUUUUAAUGGAGCUGGCGAUCCUGGGCGCUGUGAUUUACCUGAAGUUCUUCCGAAAAUAAACGUCCCCACCUCAGGAGAGUCUCAAGCUCCUGAUCCAAGAGCAAAACCCGAUUCUCUGCAUCUGUCUCCAUCCACUGUCCAGUAGCAAUAAUGCUGUUCUGCUGUCUCCAGCCAACUGUUUCAUAUUAGUGCAAAGAAGGACAAUAAGAAGCCUCAGGUUCGAACUGAAGCUUCACUGAGGGAAGAGUUUGCCCCCGAGCAGGUGGAGUUUGUUCAACGGGACAAACAAACUUGUUAAUGGGACCAAACCUACAGGACAAACUGUGAACUGAGCGUUUUCUUAGACUCUUAAUGCCAAUGACGCCCCGUGGGACUGUGUUCUGACUGCUGCAGACUCCAGAGAAGAUCCUGCAUGAGUCAGAGUUUGGUUUAAAUUACUGCAUCAUGUAAAGAUUCUGUGGUUUGGUGACAGUGCUCAUGAAAUGACAGACGUUUGCAUAUCAGCUCUGUGAGUUUAAAAAAAAUUAUCUUAUUGGGAUACAUUUCUGUUUGUGUUCUAUUUUAUUGUAUUGUUUAUUAUGUUUAUGAAUCUAAACAACAGUAUGUUGAUGAAAUGGCACCAGCCGAGUGUAUUUUCCUAGAGUCUUCAUGCUCAGUAUCCAGAUGGUUAUUUUGAGCUCGUUUUCUCAAUUCUCUGAUUUGAGAAGAAAGUCAGUCAGAAGUACGAAUGUGUAAAAAAUGUUCUUAACAGUUAAUGAUGUUGUCUAAUCGCUGUAUAACACAAAAAUCUCAGAACAGAGUGUCUUUGUUCUUUAUUUGACAGUCAACAGAUUAAAGCUAAUGUUUAACCUC